GGGCGGGCGCGGGGCGGGGAUCCGGCGGCUGGGGCGGACCGAGCCCUCGCUGGCACUGCUGCCUGCGUUGCGGUCCCACGAGACGGCACCCGACACGUUCCUGGGCCACCGCUUCUCCAGGAAGCCCGACUACGGACGGAAAGGUGCUAUCCAUGGCAUGCCUAAACCCCCAGCUGAAAGAGCAGUAAAUUACAAGGGAUCCAAGCCACACCCCGUCGAGCCCAGACCUCACCAGCGAGCCGGCCCUGCACAGCCAGCACCAUGGAGAAGAUCAGCGCCUUCUUCAGUUCCAUCUGGAACACCAUCUUAGCCAAGCACCAGGAGGGGCUCUUCAACACCAUCUGCCUGGGCAUCCUCCUGGGGCUGCCACUGUUGGUGGUCCUCACGCUCGUCUUCAUCUGCUGCCAUUGCUGCUGGAGCCGGCCGGGCCAGGGCAGCCGGCAACCAGAGGCAAACAAGAAGAAAAAGAAGAAAAAGAAGAAGGAUGAAGAAGACCUCUGGAUCUCGGCACAGCCCAAGCUCCUCCAGAUGGAGAAGAGGCCGUCUCUGCCUGUCUAGGUGUGCAGGAAGCCGCCGUGUCCUCCCUCUGGGGCCGAGCCUCUUUCCGACCACGCAGAGGCUGGGAAGCCGAGUCCCUGUAGGGACACAGUCCCAUCCACAGUGAACUGCUGACCCAAGGAGCAAGCCUCCAGCUGCACCUUCUCCCGGAGCAUGCGGGCGACUCUCCGGCCACUGUUGGCAGCUGCCAGCCCAUUGCAGUGCACUUUACUGCACACCUGGGCAUGUUUUCCAACAUUUACUGACUUACCCUGGGCACAAACGCACAGGAAAACUUA